CACAUGACCAUGACAUUAAAGCGGAAAUGACAGUUAGCGCUCCACAGUCUCGCGGCGAAUAAAAGGGCUGUGAUGUGAUGUGAUGUGAUGUGACGAUGGCAGCUGCCAGUGUGUCUCAGUCUGCCAGCAUUCAGGCCAUAGAGAAAUCACAGCUGACCUUGAAAGUGUUGUCCGCGAAGCCUCAGUCUCCCAAACUGCCCAAUCGUCACUCUCGUCUGAGCUCGUUUGUGGAAGUGACCGCCGACGGUCUGAGCAGCGAGACCAAGAAGACAGGCAAACGCAGCGGACACCUCGAGCUGCAGUGGAAUGAAGACCUCACACUGAACGUGACUCCUCAGAGUCGUCUGGAUCUGAAGGUGUGGAGUUGUCACACUUUGAGGAAGGAGCUUCUGGGCAGCGCCACCAUCGACUUACUGGACACUCUACGAACACAUGAUGGCAAGAUGGAGAACGUUCAGCUCAGUCUGGUUCUGCAGACGGAGAACAAAGGCUCGGUUGUAGCAGGCGGUGAGCUCAACGUCUGUCUGGACGGCCUGGUUGUUGAUCUGGGAUCUUUGCCCAAUGGCAGCGCCGCCUCAGACAAGAUUCACUCAAACAGGAGCAGUCUGCACCGAGCCCACAGUGAAGAGACCCCCAGCACCAGCAGCCCCCGUGGACGAAGUUUGGGUCAGUCGUCUCGGGGCUCAUGUGGAGAUUCUCCAGCUGAGAUCAGAGGAGCUGCUCUUACGAACGGCGACGUGAAUGGAGAAUCCGCAGAAACAACACCCAGACGCAACUCGAAGAGCACCGUCAACAGCCUGAGCAGUGCUGGUAAAGGUGAAACGGCUGCUAACGGUCUGGAGACCGCACAUCUGACCCGUCCAGCUCCGUCUUCUCCAUCACUGAGCUCCAAUCCCCCAGACGGUGCUGUUCCUCCACCCGCAGCCGAGCCUCCUGCCUCCACUGAGCAGAGCGACCCCGCUAGCGACACACAGAACACCGACGCACUGCCUGCUGGGUGGGAGCAGAGAAUUCUUCCUCAUGGACGAGUGUAUUAUGUGGAUCACAACACAAAGACCACCACAUGGGAGAGACCCCUGCCACCAGGUUGGGAGAAGCGUGUGGAUCAGCGCGGCCGGUUCUACUAUGUGGACCACAACACCAGAACCACCACAUGGCAGCGGCCCACGGCGGAGUCGGUCCGCAACUAUGAGCAGUGGCAGUCGCAGCGCAGCCAGCUUCAGGGAGCCAUGCAGCAGUUCAACCAGAGAUACCUCUAUCAGCCCUCUGGAGCUGUGGUGGAGAAUGAUCCGCUCGGAGCUCUUCCUCCUGGAUGGGAGAAACGUCAGGACAAUGGAAGAGUCUACUAUGUCAAUCACAACACUCGAACCACACAGUGGGAGGAUCCUCGAACCCAAGGGAUGAUCCAGGAGCCUCCCCUGCCGCCCGGCUGGGAGAUGAAGUACACGGCAGAGGGGGUGCGAUACUUUGUGGACCACAAUUCUCGCACCACCACCUUUAAAGACCCUCGGCCGGGCUUUGAGUCGGGUUCAAGACAGGGUGGCUCUCCGGGCGCGUAUGACCGUAGCUUCAGGUGGAAAUAUCACCAGUUCCGCUUCUUGUGUCAUUCCAAUGCUCUGCCCAGUCAUGUGAAGAUCUCGGUGUCCAGACAGACUCUGUUUGAGGACUCUUUUCAACAGAUCAUGAACAUGAAGCCGUAUGAUCUCCGCCGGCGGCUCUACAUCAUCAUGAGAGGAGAGGAAGGCUUGGAUUACGGAGGAAUCGCCAGGGAGUGGUUUUUCUUGCUAUCUCAUGAGGUCUUGAACCCCAUGUACUGUCUGUUUGAGUAUGCCGGUAAAAACAACUACUGUCUUCAGAUUAACCCUGCUUCGUCGAUCAACCCCGACCACCUCACCUACUUCCGUUUCAUUGGACGCUUCAUUGCCAUGGCGUUGUACCAUGGGAAGUUCAUUGACACAGGCUUCACUUUGCCGUUUUACAAGCGGAUGCUGAACAAGAAGCCCACUCUGAAAGACCUGGAGUCCAUCGACCCAGAGUUUUACAACUCCAUCAUGUGGGUCAAAGAGAAUGAUCUGGAGGAGUGCGGUGUGGAGCUUUACUUUGCUCAGGACAUGGAGAUUUUAGGCAAGGUGACGACACACCAGCUGAAGGACGAUGGAGAAAAUGAACUCGUCACUCAGGACAACAAGGAGGAAUACAUCGGUUUGCUGACUGACUGGCGCUUCACUCGGGGUGUGGAGGAACAGACGAAAGCUUUCCUGGAUGGUUUCAAUGAGGUUGUGCCUCUGGAGUGGCUGCGCUAUUUUGAUGAGAAAGAAUUGGAGCUGAUGUUGUGCGGGAUGCAAGAAAUCGAUCUGAACGACUGGCAGAAAAACACCAUCUAUAGACAUUACACCAAAAACAGCAAACAAAUCCACUGGUUCUGGCAGGUGGUGAAGGAAAUGGACAAUGAGAAGAGAAUCCGACUCCUCCAGUUCGUCACAGGAACUUGUCGACUGCCGGUUGGAGGAUUUGCCGAACUGAUAGGAAGUAAUGGCCCACAGAAGUUCUGCAUAGACAAAGUGGGAAAGGAAACAUGGCUGCCUAGAAGUCAUACAUGCUUUAACCGCCUGGAUUUGCCUCCGUAUAAAAACCUGGAACAGCUCCGAGAAAAGCUUCUAUUCGCCAUUGAGGAAACUGAGGGAUUUGGACAGGAGUGAUGGAGUGAGACGUUUCCACCUGGACAUGAAUACCACUAAUGUGGAGCGAACGGCAGAUUUACACUUCAGUUACUAGUUUACCUGAAAACCCUAAAUAUUAUUUAUUCAGCCUCACGUCAUUUCAAACAGAUACGCUGUUAUGUUUCUGUGCACAAUCAGAAUGAUGUUUUAUGCCGAUUUAAUGAGCUUUUGACAGCAAAAAGACUAAUAGCUGUAAAAUAUUAUUUUAUAUUGGUAAACUUAACGGAGACAUAAACUAAAUACAGCGCAUCGCUUGCUUUAGAUUGCACGUUUUAUUAGUGUUUGUUUUCUUAUAUUACUAAUGUUGCCACCCAACCCCUAAUGAAUAAAGGGACUAAGCUUAAGGAAGAUGAAUGAAUGAAUAUUGCCACCUUUGUUCACUAUUAUACUACUGCGCCUACGUGAUCAAAUAAGUGAAAUCAAAUUCGUGUGAAAUUUGACCGCUUUAGAGGGAAGUUAGAACUCGGGGGUCGUUUACAGGACAACGUUUUCAGACAAAAAUUAGGAAACAUGUUAUAUAUUUUGUUUGUUUAGAUGAUUAUAGCAUUUUCUUGACUGAAAAACGUGAGUUUUUGCAUUACCGCAUCUGUGUAAACACCCGAAAAUAAGAGUCUUUAAAAACGAUGACCGCCUACGUAAUUAAGGAUGGAUAUCGUUUAGAUUUUAUUGAUAUCGAUACUGAUUCCGAUUCUACUUACCGAUACUGUUAUUGAUACUUUUUUUUUGUCCAAAGCAACUUACAAUUGAGGCAUUCAGCGAUUCAAACAAUUUAAACUACUAUCCCUACAACUACAAUCCCUACAAUUUGAUCUAUAAAGACAAAAAGAUGUGAAACUAUGUUGAAAGUUGCAAGAUACUUUAUUAUUGUUACCUUAUUAUACGUUUAUAAACACCUUUAAGCAAACAGAAGUAGGCUCAUAAAGCUUUGACUGAAAAACGCGAGUUUUUGAAAACGCCGCCCUUGUCGUGUUCGCGUAAACACUCGAAAAUGAGAGUCUUUAAAAACGAUGACCGCCUACGUAAUUAAGGAUGGAUAUCGUUUAGAUUUUAUUGAUAUCGAUACUGAUUCCGAUUCUACUUACCGAUACUGUUAUUUAUACUUUUUUUUGUCCAAAGCGACUUACAAUUGAGGCAUUCAGUGAUUCAAACAAUUUAAACUACUAUCCCUACAACUACAAUCCCUACAAUUUGAUCUAUAAAGACAAAAAGAUUUGAAACAAUGUUGAAAAUGUCAAGAUACUUUAUUAUUGUUACCUUAUUAUAAGUUUAUAAACACUUUUAAGCAAACAGAAGUAGGCUCAAAAAGUUUUUGACUGAAAAACGUGAGUUUUUGAAAGACGCCGCCCUUGUCUUGUUCGUGUAAACACUCGAAAAUGAGAGUCUUUGAAAAUGAUGACAUCAUACGUAAUUAGGGAUGAGUAUUUUUUCCGAUUUUAUUGUUAUUGAAUCUGAUACCGUUUAUCAAUACUAUUUUCUACAAUUUGAUCAGUUACUUUAUUGUUUUACAGCUGUUUAGAAAGACCUGUAAGCAAAUGGAAGUAGGCGCAUAGUUUUUAUGACUGAAAAACGUGAGUUUUUGAAUAACGCCGCCCUUGUGGUAUCUUUGUAAACACUCGAAAAUGAGAGUCUUUGAAAAUGAUGACAUCAUACGUAAUUAGGGAUGAGUAUUUUUUUUCGAUUUCAUUGUUAUUGUAUCUGAUACCGUUUAUCCAUACUAUUUUCUACAAUUUGAUCAGUUACUUUAUUGUUUUACAGCUGUUUUACGAACACCUUUAAGCAAACGGAAGUAGGUGCAUAAAGUUUUUGUGACUAAAGUUUGUACUCGGGUCGUUUACAGAUCAGUGUUUUCAGCCGAAAAUGCGGAAAAGUUUUAUGUGUUUUGUUUAUUCGUUUACAUGAUAAUAUCGAUUUUGUGACUAAAAAACGUGAGUUUUCGAAAACGCUGCACUUGCCGCAUCUGUGUAAACAACCAAAAAUGAGAGUCUUUGAAAUGAUGACAGUAUACGUAAUUAGGGAUGAGUAUUUAUUUAUUUUUUCGGUUUUACUGUUAUCAAAUCUGAUACCGUUUAUCGAUACUAUUUUCUACAAUUUGAUAAGUUACUUUGCUUUAAAGCUGUUUACAAAGACUUGUAAGCAAACGCAAGUAGACGCAUAACAUUUUUGUGACUGAAAAACGUACGUUUUUGAAAACGUCGCCCUUGUCGUGUCAAUGUAAACACACGAAAAUAGAGUCUUUGAAAACUAUGACAGCUUACGUAAUUAGAGAUGGAUAUGGUUUAGAUUGUAUUGAUAUGGAAUACUGAUUCCGAUACCACUUGUCAGUACGGUUAUCAAUACUAUUUUCAACAAUUUGAUGCAAACAGCUGUAAAAUAUUAUUUUAUAUUAGUAAACUUUACUGAGACAUAAACUAAAUACAGCGCAUCGCUUGCGUUGGAUUGCACGUUUUAUUAGUGAUUGUUUUAUUAUAUUACUAAUGUUGCCACCCAACCCCUAAUGAAUAAAAGGACUAAGCUGAAGGAAAAUAAAUGAAUGAAUGAAUAUUGCCACCUUUGUUCACUAUUAUACUACUGCGCCUACGUGAUCAAAAAAGUGAAAUCGAAUUCGCGUGAAAUCAAAAUGUAUUAAGUUUGUUUUGCUAGCUGACGUUGUUAUUCUUUAGGUGAACAAUUAAUCCGUGCAAGUUAAUUAACAAAAAUUGUUGACGUCAAUCACAAUAUUCUUAGCCACGCCCCUUUUACAAUUAGUUUAAUAUGAGGGAGUGAUGCGCAAAAUGAAAGCCACGCCUCCUACUGAAAAUAAAUGAGUCUCAGCAACUUCGUAGACUUUUAAAUCAAGUAUACUGAGAUAAAUCAACAUUUUCGCGGAUGUGUAAACGCAUAUCAUUUUGUAAACAUUGACAUGUAAACGUGAAACCUUUUAAAAACGCAUUGUCGUGUAAACGUAGCAUCGACCUGUCAAGACGUCCCCCAAAUCAUUCAGCCCUACGAAACGCUUUACCGUCAGCGAAGUCUUAAAAGCAAAAGUGCAAUUUUUUUGGGUUUUCUGCGAGCUGGUUUGGGAUGACGUGAGGUUUACCUUGUUUUCUUUUAAGCAGAUAAGCUCAGCAGCCGAUCAACGAACUCUUCCAGUGUAAUAUUUCAUGUUUCCACUUCAGGGAAUGAUGACUUUACUCCUUAAUGCAGACGAGGCAUUCGAGCCGGCAGAUUUGCAAAAUGAAUUCCCUGAAUCGCCAAAAUAAAAGCGUGAUUUCCCCCUCAUGAUGCAGCAUUGAAAUAUCACAGCUAUUAACGAUAAUAAAACGACGAGCGCAGAUCUGUCAAUUCAGGAUGUGUUUAAGAUGAACUCGAGAGGACCAUCAAUGGAGAACGUGACUGUUUUAAAGUUGACCAGACGUGAUUUUGUUAUUUUGUGACAUGCCAUGAUACACUGUAUAUAGUUGAAAUAAAGCCAGAUAUGGACUGUGA